AUGAUGGAUAGUACGAAAUCACCUAUGGAUAACCUCUUUAACAUGCUAUCAAACUUUAGUGCAGGUCAUGAAAAAGCAUUAAAACAAGGCAUUUAUAAUGCCGUGGCAUUGUUUCUCUUGUGUCUAAUUUCAGCGGCUGGGUACGGAUUAUAUAUUAUAUUGAAACCAUUUGUAAAACCUUUAAUCUGGGCUUUAUUAUGUGGCUCUGUUUUAUUCCCUUUCAAAUGCUCAUUAACUACGAUCGUACAGUCGUGGUUUGAAAAAGCAGAAAUAUCUCGUACGCCUUUAAUAAUAAAUUUAAUAAUUUUACCUAUGCAAAUAAUAGAUAAAGCUUCUGAUAGUUUAGGAUCAUUUUUGUGGAAACAAAUGAAAUAUAUUGCUAGUGCAUUUUUAUUGACAGCAUUAGCUUUAGGUAUAUAUCAUUAUACACCUACUAUAUUAAGUUGUCUCAUAUGGAGAAUAUGUUUGAUAUUUAAUAUUAUUUUUGGAUUUUUUAUAACAACUUGCAAUACUAUUAUGAUUACAUUUAUACUUCUUGGAUAUUUAUCUAUAUUAUAUAUUUAUUGGACACCAAAUAACUCUAUUCAUUUUCGUUUUACAUCGUUUGUUAUGUGGUUCAUAAUUAGUUUAUAUGUUUCUAAUAUAUUAGGUGCUUAUCAAAUUAUUGUAUUUAUAACAUUACAAAUACUAUAUUUAAUAGGAUUUAUUUAUGAAGUAGUACUUAUUAUGGAAAAUCAAGAAUUAGAAGAUAAACAUAUGACAUUUAUGGAAGCAAUAUCUUUUGCAUUAACAAAUAAUUUAACUACAGAUAUACAGCAAAGUUCAUUUUCUUCAUCUUUCAAAAAUGAAAAACUUAUAAAAGAUACUAAUGAAAAAAAUAUAGAUAACAAGACAAAUAUAGAUAAGAAAACUGAAUACCAAGAAACAAAAACAAAAUUUUCCAAAAAAUCAAUGUCAUUGGAUGCAAAUAAUAGAACUGUAAUGAGCAAUAAAUUGCAACCUCUUACUAAUUCUAUGUCAUUACGUGAUCGUUAUUUGUUAAGAAGAUUAAAAACAGAAUUACGAAUAUCUAUAGAUAUAGAAAAUGAUAAAGUUGAUACUGACAAAUAUAUGUAUGGUACAUUAUAUGCUUGCAUAGGUAUGCUUUUUUGGAAACAUAGAUGGAUGAUAUAUAUAUUGAUUAUUCCUAUAGCUUUUUAUAUCAUUAAACAACUUAGUAAUUAUUUUGGAUUAUGGAAAAUGAUUGAAAAUCAAUACAAUAUUAUAAAACAAAUUAUAAAAGCAUGGUGUAUAGAAAGACAUCAAGCUCUCUUACCAGCUAAUAUUAGAGGUUUAUAUAAAUUUGGAAUCAUAAUUGAUGAAAAAUUAACAAAAGUUUUAAAAGCUUCAGUUGAUUCUGUAGUAACAAUUGCUGUGAUUUUUGGAUUACUUAUAUUUACUACUUGUACUUCUAUUUUUAUAACAAUACAGGUUUAUACAGAAGGUAUGCAUCUUAUUCACAUUACUGGAGAAAUACUUAACUCAUCUUUAAUGAAUAAUCCAGAUAUUGAUUGGUUACCUGAACACUGGGAAGAUUCAGUUAAUAGUGUAUUAGAUAAUGCUUAUACAUAUGGACGGAAUGCUAUUUCUGAUGGAAUAAAAAGUUUAGUAAGAGAUCUAGAUGCUGCUAAGGCUGAUCAAAUGGAAAAAAAAGUUUUAGAACUUUGGGAUAGACUUUAUCAAGCAUGGAUGAUGUCUAAUGCAGAUUCUAAUUUAAUUGGACCUACUGUAGAUGUUACAGUGGCUUAUUCAGUAUGGGAAAGUUUUAAAGAAAGUUUUGGGAAAACACCUUUACAAUUAUUUAACAUGACUGGUAUACAAAACUUUAUAAAAGAAAAUAUUGGAACUUUUAUGUCAGUAUUGGAUUCCAUUUGGAAUAUAAUUAAAGGAAAUAUGUCUGUGAUAUUAACAAUUUUUACAGAACUAUUUUACAUUAUACUUAUGAGUGGAACGGCAGUAUUUAACUUUGUUCUAAGCAUGGUGGUGUUUUUUACAACACUUUUUUAUCUUCUUAGUUCUAGUGAAAAAACAUAUAAACCUGUUGAAUUAACAACAGUAUUCAGUCCUAUUAGUUGUCACAGCACUCUCCAAAUUGAGGGAUUUGCUGUAGCAUUACAAGAAGCUGUAAUUGGAGUUUUUACCGCAACAUUUAAGCUUGCUUGUUUUUUUGGCAUGUGGACAUGGUUUACACAUAAUUUAUUUCAAGUAAAAAUAAUUUAUUUACCAUCAACUUUUGCAACAAUACUUGGAGCUGUUCCAUUUUUGGAUGCAUAUUUUGCUUGUAUCCCAGCUACUAUAGAACUCUGGUUUAAUCAAGGACCUAUGAUUGCUAUUUUAUUUUUCAUGUUUCAUUUUCUUCCUUGUAAUAUUGUUGUAACUGAAUUCUACAAGGAAAUUAAAGGUGGUGGACAUCCUUACCUUACAGGUCUUUCUAUAGCAGGUGGAAUUUUUUUAGGUGUAGAAGGUGUAAUUUUUGGUCCAUUAUUAUUAUGUUGUAUAAUGGUAGCAAUUAAUCUAAGUCGCCGUUACUUGCAUUCACCAUCAGAAGAAGUUAUAUCCACAUAUACAGAAAUUAAACAUUGAUAAAAAAUUUUCUAAUUAAUAUUUAUUGUUAAAUAGUA